AUGAUUGUGGACCUCAGGAAACAGCAGAGGGAGCACCCCCCUAUCCACAUCGAAGGGACAGCAGUGGAGAAGGUGGUGUUCCUGAAGGAAGAGCUGGAACACCGGCUGGAGAAGGAGAGGGAAGAGGUGCGGAGACAGGCGGGCAUGGUGAUCCGGGCGCAUACUCAGCUAUGUGGCAAGGAGUCCCGUCAGAUGGAGGAGAUCCUUCGACUGGAGAAGGAGAUUGAGAGGCUGCAGCGCCAGAAGGAGGACGGGGUGUCCAUGUUGGGGACGGCCUGGGAGGGAACGGGGAGGAGCUCCGGCAGAGGAGGGACGCAGAGAUCUACCGGCUGGAGAAGGAGGCGUCUCGCGUGGCUACAGAGUUCCUGGAGCUCCUGGACUUUGGGGUCUGGAACAGAGUCUGUCCAGCGAGGAGAAUCUCCACGACCCUCAGAGAGCACCGCUCCUCUGGGCCGGGCCGAGGAGGAGGUGGAGGAGGUGGAUGAGGGCUUCCAUGCUAAGGAGGAGUGUCCCGGUAGUGGUAUCCCCCUUCCUGACUUUCCUCUCCCUGCGGAGAUCCCUCUGGACCAGGAGCUCUUCUCCUCCCUCCCUCCUCCUCCUCCGGCCUUCGCUGAGGGACUAGUAGCACAGGCCCUGGCCCUCUCACAGUGUCCCUACACACCACCCUGCUCCACCUCCUCUCCUGCCCUCACCACCGGAGGAGGUAAAGCUUUGUGCCACCAACCCACCAGGAGAACAGAGGUGGCUCCAGACAUCAACAGAGUACCCAGAAGAUUCGAGGUUAUACCCAACAGACCCUGCGCCAGGGUAGACGUUAUGCCCACCACAGUCCCUGAGGCUGUGCCAGUGAGAAGAGGAGACGUGGCUCCCUCUAGGGUAGACUUUAUGCCCACUGUGCCUGUCCCAGGAGCCAGGGAGGAGAUCUCCUUUAGCAUCCUACCUGACACAGAGUCAGACUGUGACCAGGAGGAGUUUGAGGAGGUGCAGGGGAGUACAGGCUCGGGAGACGGAGCCAGUAUCACGGACGGACAUGCAACUGACGAGGAGGUGCUGAGGAAAUCAUCCUGUACUCAGAACAGCCUGGACUCCUUCAGAGGCAGCUCAGACUCUUUUAUCGACAGUGACACAAGCACCGAUGGUUAUGUGGACACAGACGAGGAGGUCUCCAAUGGAAGGGUCAAUAUACUGAACGGCUCUGGGCCUCCAUACUUUCACAGCUACCUCUACAUGAAGGGUGGACUGAUGAUCCCGUGGCGACGGAGGUGGUGUGUGUUGAAGGACGAAACCUUCAUGUGGUUCAGGGCUAAGCAGGACAGUCUGAAGAGUGGCUGGCUGUAUAAGAAGGGAGGUGGCAUGUCCACUCUGUCCAGACGGAACUGGAAGCUGCGCUGGUUCGUACUGAGAGACGAUAAACUCAUGUACUUUGAGAGCGACAGCGAGGAGAAACUGAGGGGGACCAUCGACAUCCGCUCCGCCAAGGACAUAGUAGAUAACCAUGCCAAGGAGAAUUCUCUGAACAUUGUGACUGAAGAGAGAACCUACCACAUCUACGCAGAGACUCCUGAAGAUGCCAG